AUGCGACUGCGGAUGCGUACACAGAUACCUUUGUUGGUUGUAUCACUUCUGUUGCUACUGCCUCAUGAGGUCAUUGAUGCAAGACAGUAUAUCGAGACACUCUCUCUUGAAUCAAACAAGCCACCAACAUAUCCCAUUACUCACUUUGCCUUCUUGGAAGGAGGAACAUUAUCUGUAUCAGUUAUAUCUUCGCCUCAAGAACAACCAGUAUACUUCACAGCAUGUUCAGAGUAUGAUUGGUUAUACUUGUAUGGCCACAAGGUUGUUGAACCUGCAUGUGAUCUGUUGAACAACUCGACAAAGGAACAGAAUGAGAUGCGAUGUUUGAUAGUGGCCAAGUUCACAGAUCAGCUCAGUAUAUAUAGAACGAUCGAUAGGUACGGCGAGUUCUACAUCAACCUACUCACGUGCCAGAACAUCAGCAUGGUCAACGUCACAAUGAACGCGACAAUGCUCAACCCAGACGGCAACAAGCUGUCGGCCGAGCUGGUGCCCACGCCCACUCUCUAUCUGGUGAUGGCGGUGGUGUGGACCUUCAUACUGAUCAACUGGCUGGCGCUGUUCAUUGCGCGCCACCGCCGCUAUCUGUCCCUGCUGCACCUGCUCAUCACGGUGUACCCUCUGUCCAAGGCGCUCAUCUGUGCCUACGACUACUACAUCUUUCACAUGGCUGCGUUCGACAUGCUACACACGUCCAACAACUUUGUCUUCCAUCUCUUGCGCAUUUACUUUGAGCUCUUCUUCCAGCUCUUCCUACUCUUGCUGGCGAUCGGUUGGAGACUCAUCAAGAAUGGUCUGCGCAAUGAACGAGUCAGCAUAUUCGCUCUUCUCACAGGUCUUGGCGUAGCCCUAGUACUCAAUGAGUUAUAUUCAAGGCAGAACAUAUCAUAUUUAUUUGUCGUGAUGUUUGUACAGCUGUUUAGAACAAUACUCAUCUUUUAUAUCUUUGCAUCGAUCGACACCAACAUCAAAGAGUUACACUACAAUAUAUUACAGACACCUCCAUCAUUGCAAGCAGAACUAAUGUCACUCAUCAAGAAGUACAAGAUAUUCAGAACACUAAAGUCCAUUGUAAUGUUAUGGAUUGGAUUGGUUGUGCUCAAGUUCUUCUCAACAUUACUGUUCUAUGGAGGUGGAAUGAAUAACUGGGCAGAGAUGAUGACUGGUGAGCUAUUGGAUUUAAUAAUAUUCAUUUGUAUAGGAUAUGUUUACCGACCAAGGAAUGACGAUGUAUUUAUAUUUAGAUCAGAAGAGGGUAAUGAUGCAGAAUCUGGCAAUAUUGAAAUGGAUACUAUUCAAAUUAGUAGGAACAGUAAUUCAACUGGAAACAACAACAAUAGUAGUAGCCAUGAUGAUGACGAUGACGACGAUGAUGAUGAUGAUGAUGGUGAUUCAGUACAUUAUAGACCAACCACAACUAUACCAACUACAUCAAUAUAA